AAUCAAUUGAACAUAUUUUUAUAUUAUUCCUAUAGAUACUUUAAAAUAACACUUUACAAAAAACAAACUGUUUCCUAUUUCAAUUAUUUCUUGAUUAAUGGCUUCAGUAUUAACAUCACUUGCAAAUAAAUUAGCUCGUAGACUAAGUGAUACACAAGUUCCUUCAUCAGUUCGAUUUGAUGUCGAUGGUCCUCCAAGAAAUUCUCUACUAAGGCGUCAAAGUGUGGCUGCCGAAAGUUUUGAUCCAGAAAAAGACAGUGAUGAUAAUAAUGAAGAAGAGAGACAAAUUUAUCCGAAAUCUGAUAGUCAACGAGCUAGGCUAACUAAUGCUGUCAAAGAAAUCCUACUCUUUCGAUGUCUUGAUGAAGAACAAAAGUCGAGAGUUAUCGAUGCUAUGCAAGAAAUGAAAGUUAAAGAAGGUGAUGUAGUUAUUAAACAAGGUGAUGAUGGGGACAAUUUCUAUGUAAUUGAAUCAGGCACCUAUGAUAUAUAUGUUAAACAGAAUCAGUCAACUGAAGAGAAAAUUGGUGAAAAAGUUGGAUCAUACAAUGGUCAUGGUUCAUUUGGUGAACUUGCUUUAAUGUAUAAUACAUCACGAGCUGCUUCUAUAAUAGCUACUACAGAUGGUAUACUAUGGCUUAUGGAUAGAAAUACUUUUCGACGUAUUGUUCUUAAAGCAGCCUUUCAUAAACGUCAAACAUAUGUAGAAUUGCUUGAGGAUAUUCCAUUACUUAAAGAAUUAAGUAGUUAUGAACGUAUAAAUGUUGCUGAUGCUCUACAAUCUAGAGUAUAUCAAGAUGGAGCAACUAUUAUAUCUCAAGGUGAAACUGGCAAAGAAAUGUUUAUUAUUGAAUCGGGAACUGUAAGAAUAAGUGUAAAAGAGAAUUCAAAAGAAGUGGAAUUGAGUCGAGUUGGUAAAGGUGCUUAUUUCGGAGAAUUGGCAUUAAUUACCAAACGACCUAGAGCUGCUUCAGCUUAUGCUGUAGGUGAGACUAAAUUAGCUGUUUUGGAUGUUGCAAGUUUUGAACGUUUAAUGGGACCAUGUCUUAAAGUGAUGCAAAGAAAUAUUGAUACAUAUGAAAAACAAUUAACUGAAUUACUUGGAACUAAUAAUCAAUUAAAAUUAAAUGAAUUUAGAUCAAAAUAAUUUAAUUCUAUAGAAAUAAAUUUUAAAAAAACUUUUUCUUUCUUUUUCGUUGUUGUUGUUGUUGAUGUUUUUGUUGUUGAUACUAUCGUUUUCUUUUU